AUGUCCCCCUACCGGGUUGUCUUUGGAAAGGCGUGUCAUCUGCCAGUUGAGAUUGAGCAUCGGGCAUAUUGGGCUGUGAAGACUUGCAACUUGUCCAUGGAACAAGCUGGAGAGGAAAGAAAGUUGCAACUGAAUGAACUGGAUGAGAUCCGAUUGGAGGCCUAUGAGAACUCGAAGUUCUACAAAGAAAGGACAAAGAAGUUCCAUGACAGUUCAAUUGUUAGAAAGGACUUCAAGAUUGGCCAACACGUUUUAUUGUAUAACUCUAGGCUCGGACUCAUGGGAGUUGAGAUCCAAGGCCCAUCCACAGCAGAAAGCUUCAAGGUUAAUGGGCACAAACUCAAGCCCUUCCUCAACAAUCCUUCUUUGGUGAACGCAGUGGUGGAGGAGACUUCUUUGGUCGACCCCACCUCUCUGUCUCUCUGA